UCUAUGGCAACAACACGUCGAACGGCCGGGUCACGUGACUACGCCGCUCGCGGACACGACAGACAGCCAGCAGAGCCGACUCCUGUUUUGCCCUCAAUCGGUGCAGUGUUGCCGCGCUGAAUUCAUCCAGCCAUGACUACGAUAGGAAUAUAAGAGGUCUGCUGCGAGGUUUACACUCUGGUAAAGGCAGCCCGAGACCACAGAGAACACAGGUUUCCCCCCGAGCUGUCAAUGCUGGACUCCCUGAUCUCCCGGCAUUAAGAUCUGCGAGGCUGGGAGAGACGACACCCAGCCGUCCAUCAAACUACCCCGAGCCAACAUGAUGGCCUCCAGCGAUGUAGACAACCGAGCUGAAGCUUCUUUAUUCUCGGACCCAAUUCCCUCAGAAAUGGAUGCACUUUGUCCCUCUCCUCCAGGACCUACCAGACCCCAACGUGACUAUGAGAGGAUUGGAGGACGCACGGGAACCUCUUUUUGUCAGACUCUUAUUCACCUUCUGAAGGGGAACAUCGGCACCGGGCUGCUGGGUCUGCCUCUGGCUGUCAAGAACGCAGGCCUCGUGCUCGGCCCUCUCAGCCUGCUGUGUAUGGGCGUCGUAGCGAUCAACUGUAUGCAGGUGCUUGUGAAAUGUUCCCACCACCUAAGUGUAAAGAUGAACAGGCCAUCUCUGACCUACGGAGAGGUGGUGCAGUACGGGAUGGAAAACGUGUCCUGGCUGAGGAGACACUCGCAGUGGGGAAAACAGACGGUGAACGUGUUUCUAAUUAUCACCCAGCUGGGCUUCUGCUGCGUCUACUUUGUCUUCCUUAGUGACAAUAUCAAGCAGGUGGUAGAAGCAGCCAACGCCACCACCUUCAACUGCCACAUGAACCACACCAACCAGACCCAGGUCCUGGUGCCGAGCUUCGACUCCCGCCUCUACAUGCUCUGCUUCCUGCCUGCCCUCAUCCUGCUGGUGUUCACCCCCGACCUCAGGUACCUGGCUCCCCUCUCUCUGGUGGCGAACCUGGUCAUGAGCGCCAGCUUGAUCCUCAUCUACUUCUACUCGCUCACGAACAUCAGAUACCCCAUUCAUUUGCCAUACGUGGGCAGGGCUAAAGACUACCCUCUCUUCUUUGGGACGGCCAUCUUUGCCUUCGAAGGGAUUGGAGUGGUUCUUCCCCUGGAGAACAAGAUGCAGAGGCCUCAGAGUUUCAUCCCGGUUCUGUAUUUGGGGAUGGGCAUCGUCACCUUCCUUUACAUCAGCCUGGGUACCAUAGGAUAUAUGUGCUUUGGAGAGCACAUAGGAGGGAGCAUCACUCUCAACCUGCCAAACUGCUGGAUGUACCAGGCGGUGAAGCUGCUGUACUCUUUUGGUAUUUUCAUCACCUUCGCCCUGCAGUUCUAUGUGCCAGCCGAGAUUCUCAUACCACCAGUACUGGCUCGCGUGUCACAGAGGUGGGAGAAAGCCGUCGACCUACUGCUCCGCACCGUCCUGGUCAUCUUCACAUGUGCUCUCGCCAUCCUGAUACCGGAGCUGGACCUGGUCAUCUCAUUGGUUGGCUCGGUCAGCAGCAGUUUCCUGGCGCUGAUAUUCCCUCCCAUCCUCCAGAUUCUAACUUUUCACACGGAGGGCCUGUCGCCGCUGGUGACCGUCAGGAACAUCAUCAUCAGCAUGAUCGGCUUCAUCGGCUUCCUCACAGGAACCUACAUCGCCAUCUCCGAGAUCGUCGCCCGUAAUGGACUCAAGCGCGAAGAGACGUUCUCCUCCUACAUGGUCCAGUGAUGAGGUGAUGAAGGGACUGUUGGCAGGUGGAUGAAAAACAAACACACCCAGGCCAUUUAGAAACCAUGUUAGGGAACAUUUUUUUUUAUUUUAUUUCUUAUUUUGUUUGCUGCUGUUGGAUAUGGCACCCAUUUAAGGAUUCAGUAAGUUUAGGCUGUGUAGAACCUGUAUGGGUUUUUGACCCUGAAACAUGAUUUAUGCUUCUGCGUUAAAUCCACGCCAUGACCAUGUACGUAGGUGCGUGGAGAUACGGACCCUACGCCGUAGCCUGACGUGCACCUCUCGAAAAAUUUAACUAAAUGUCGCGGCGACUUCUCCAUAAACCAAGGAGAGGGUUAACUUUUCUUGCUACGGAUUCCCCACCGUGGUCAGAAAGAACAGGGGAGACACUUGACUAUGACUGUAGAGUCGGCACUUGCUCUACCACACACUCCCCACACCCACACACACACACACACACACACACACACACACACACACACAUGCCUGCUCUGCUCUUCUGUUAAAGAGAUGGACGCACACACCAACCCACAAGUAUAAGCUUCAGGCCACUUACGUAGGCUACGGCGAAUGCUCUGCGUGGUUUCUCUGCAGAACCAUAAGUCACGCUUAGCUGUUGUGUUUCAUUAUGUCACUGCUGUACAGUGUCCUGUCUUAUCUGACAUACAUGACAACCUCCAGUUACUCACAUUUCAUCAGGUCUAGGAAUUUAGUGCAAUCUAAGGAUAACAUAAUUAUGAUAAAGGCUAAAUAAUAAGACUUUAAGACGGAGGGUUUUCUAGAGGUAAGUUAUCAUUUUGACAACCUGAAUAUAUUAAUUAUAUCAAACUACCUCGCAAAAUGGUAUCAAUUUGGUCUUUCAAAACUUCUCCACUUCCAGAUUAGACGCUGUUGCUGAAAUAAUGUGGACUUGUUACCCAAACAGCUUCUCAUUUAGAGCUUUUAGAGUUUGACCACCCAUCCCCAAAAAAUGUUUGCACUUUGAUUUAUGCCUUAUUCAGUGAGACAGCGCACUACUUUGAUAACGUGUCACGCAAACUUUAAAUCAUGUAACCGUAUCUACAAAUGACAUACAGCAUUUUUUUUUAUAAAAAAAA